UUCUCCAAGUCUAAAAGAGUCUUACUCCUCGAGAAAUAUCUUAUUUAGUCACAAAGAACAGCAUAAAGAGGAGCCGAAGAGGGGAAGGAUCAAGAGGAAAGCCGUUCGUAGAGAAUAGUUAGAAAAGAGCAAUUGCGAUCAUCAUGACAACGAGGUACGUGGUAAUGCUGUUGGCGGUAAUUGGUACUUGCUACACGGCACGCCUUGAUAAUACGUACUUACCCCCGGGAAGGGCAGCGGGAGCCGGUGGAGCUGGAUUGAUUCCAGGGCCGAGGCCCAGUCCAGGUGGUGGUAUUCCAGGCAGACAACCCGGAGGUGGAGGCUUCGGAGGUCCAGGAGUCGGUCGUCCUGGCGCAGGUGGACAGCCUGGCGGUGGUGGCGGUCCUGGUGGACCACAAAUACCCAUUGUUUCGUACUCGAAUGAGAACAAUGGCGAUGGCAACUAUGUGUACAGCUAUGAAACAGGAAAUGGAAUAAGUGUGCAAGAAACGGGCCAGGCACAAGGAGACAAUGAAGCUGUCAGUGGUUCCUACUCGUACACUGGGCCCGAUGGCCAACAGUACACGAUUACCUACACCGCUGAUGCCGACGGUUUCCAUGCUCAAGGGGCCCACAUCCCAACACCACCACCAAUUCCUCCAGAGAUUCAGAGGGGAGUUGAACUUUCGCUCGCUGCCGAGGCGAGAGGGGAGAAUCAGGACGGAGGGGCGGGACAGAGGGGCCGUGGGGGUGGAUUUGGCGGAGGACAAGGAGGUAGAGUUGGUGGUGGUAGUGGUGGUGGUUCUCUUUACCAGGGGCCGAAUUCCUAUCAAACGAGUGGUAAUGCUGGCUAUCAAUACUAAGCCAGGUGUACCUCAGUCAUUGACAUUUUCAUGAAGCCAGACCCUGUUCUCAUUCCUUCGUUAUAUUUUUUUUCUACGUACUAUUACCCAAUGGCAGACAGACUUGUGUACAUAGACGAUAUAUGCUCUGUAUAUCUCAUUUCAUGUAAUUAUAAGGGCGAUGCUGAGUCUAUUGACAUUGCUCUUCUC